UUCACCCAACAUUGGAGCUCCGCAAGCAACUAUGGUGAGGGGACGGAAAUUGUCCUUUCGGGAGUAAUGUUGCCAGGCGCGUUACAGAUUGUGAAUACUGUAACGUCACACUUCUAAAAAAUAGAAAUUUUUAUCGUAAUUCUGCUUCACAUAGAGAAGGAAUAUUGUUGAGUUAAUAGUGAGUGUGAGGCACAUGGAUUGCAAUAGCAUGCGCUCGCUAAGAUUCUGAAGACAGAAGAUUUAGAAGGUAGUUGCACGAUAAUCUUGGCUGAUGUAGCUCUUCCUCAUCCGGGACAUAGGUAAGCCCAGGGCUCGAAUGUACUGUCCCUUUUUCGGCUACCAAAACUGGGAUGGACGCAGGCGAGGCGGUGGUUCUUCGCGUGACGAUUUGAAGGUUAAUUUCGUGCUGGCUGCGGUAGAAGAGAAAAGCACGGGUAGUCAAGUUAUCCGGAAAUUUUAGAAACCCUCGUAGAGCGUGUUUGCAUCUUUUGGUUCCUCGCGCUGUUUGUUCUUCGAGACUUGCAUAUGCAAGUUUCCAGGUCUUGUACGUUUCGCGAAUGGCGGAGCUCUGUCCGUGACUCCAACUAUGUGCCGGAUAGCGGCACUGCGAAAGGGCAAUUAUGCCAUUGUGGAAGUGAACUCGGAAUUUUCACUGUGUAUCCUUAAACUGUGCAGCCCGACCGGCGUCCUACUUGGUAUCGAGGCUGUGGCUGGAGAUUACGGCUCGGUGUACGCCUUUCUCGGUAUCUCUUAUGCUGUUGCACCCGAAAGGGCACUAAGGUUCAGAGCACCCAUCACCAAGCCCCGUGAGGUGAAACCUGUGGAUGCAGCGAACAUAAAACUACCGUGCGUGCAAGCGCCAUCGAUUCACGGAGCUCCAGUACAUGAACUUGCAGACAGCCAGCAGAGUGAAGAUUGCCUGCACCUGAACGUAUGGACGCCGACGCUUUCUUGUUCUGGCCGCGGUGAGAAGGCCGCGUGCGCCACUAAGACCAUACUAGUACUUUUCUUCGGGCAAGACUUCGAAUACGGAGGCAAUGACGAGCCUAUGACCAACGGUCGCUUCCUCUCUGCCAUAGGAGACAUGGUCGUCGUUGUGCCGAAUUACAGACAUGGUCCAUUUGGGUUCUUGAGCACGGGCAACACCCAACGUGCUCCGGGCAACGUGGGUCUCAUGGAUCAAGUGGCUGCUUUCGAAUGGACGCUAGAGAAUGCGCCCAGCUUCGGAGGCAACGUGUCCCGUAUUGCGCUGGCCGGCUACAACGACGGCGCUGCAUCAGUGGGGUACAUGUUGACGGGGCAUGCCAGUAACGUCCGAAGGGCGGUGCUGUUGGGCGCCACGCCUUUCACGCGGUUCUUUGAGAACACGAUGAAUCCGUUGCUCAACGCCAAGCACUUGGCACAAGAGCUGUGCUGCGAGCGCUGGAACAGCUGUUCAGCACGGGGCAACACAUCUUUCGAAGCCUCUCCAGACGACAUCAUCGAUUGUCUUCGCGAUGUCCCUGCCCGCGACCUGAGUAACCAGGCUGCUGUUCAGGUGCAGCUUUCGUGGAAAGGAUUUGGACCCACUUUCUCCAGAGACCCGGUCUUGGAGGAUCCUUUUGUUCAUGUGGGCUACGCAGCCCCGGCAGGGGUACACAUUCUUCUAGGGAUCACAGCUGACGAAGGAGCAUACGCUCUGUACCGUCUGAACUCUCUGCUGAACACCACAGAUCGACCGCAAGAGCUGCUCCAUUUCCUAGGCAAGUUUCUGGAAAAACAGUACGGCUUCUGGUGUGGGUCUGGAAUCGUGAAGCAUUUCCUUCGCUCUCACGGAGACCAGCCCAACCCCAUAUCGGAAGGCUUUCUUCAAGAGCUUCUCUCCUGUGUCUUCUACAUCUGCCCUAUGCAAUACUACAGGGACGCUCUGCAGAAGCGACUGAGUCGCUCAUCGAUUUACGUCUUCUGGCCCAAGCUUUCCUACCGCGUCUCAGCCAUUUCGAACGCCAAAGCAGCCACCCGAUUGGAGGACCUGGCCUACUUCAUGGGCGACGUCUUAAAAGGGUCUCGUGGAGCCUCCACAGAGGAAAGGGCGCUCGGUCUUAAGCUGGUGCGUGCACUCGCCAGCUUCGUUGCCAACGGGACACUUCCUCCAGUCGAAGGACAGCCAUGGCCGACAGGUAAUGGAGAACGAUCUACGGUCCACAUCCAUCUGGAUACCUUAACUCUGGGUUCCCUCCCAGGCAGCAACCACUGUGACGCACUCUACAGACAUGUCACCGGACACCCCUCUCCAUUGCUAGAGAUCUAUUGAAUAUUUAAUGACAGUACUUUUGAUAGUACAGACAAAACAUAACCAGAUUUUACUUCGAAUAAGCAUACGGUAAUUGAAUGCAAAAUAGCAAGACCGGGGUAGCGUUAUAAUUAUUGCAAGAAUUGUGUCGAGAGCCACUUGGGUGUUCACACAUCAGUUGAGUACAUU